AUGGUGCUUCGAGCGCCCGAGCUAGGGGAGCUCUCAGGCCAUCCUCGCGAGGGUGAAGUGGCCAUAUACAUAGUGGCUAUGCAGUGUGGUCUUCGACUCCCUCUGCAUCCCAUAGUACAGGGAGUCACCGUUGCUCUAAAGCUAGCCCCAGUCCAGUUGAUUCCAAAUGCUUGGAGGGCAUUGUUCGGGACUUAUGUUCUCUGGCAACAACUCCGACAUUCUAAGCUAUUCAUGGACAAGUUCAUAACCAAAAGGAUACCGAAGCCAUCAUAUUACAAGAUUUCUCCGUACUUGUCCCUGUCUGCAUUCGAUACAACCCCUGCGGCGGUUCCCGAACCCGAGCAAGUAACAGCUUCUGCAACUUCUCCGAUACCAUUUCCGCUACAGAUGGAUCCUUUCAGGAUACUAUCCGCACAUGAGGUAGAAGAGGCAAAGGACUGGUACGAAGCAAACAAGGCCAUGGCAGCGGGAAAAUGGUUCAGUACAAUAUGGCUGAAGGAUGCGUGGGUUGAUAGCGAGGCUAUCGACACAUACAUCGAGUUUCUUGAGAAAAGGCAUAACGACCUUUCAAUAGCAUAUCCUCAAGAUUGCAAGUUCUGUCCUACGUAUUUUACGCAAAGCCUUGAGGGGUGUUUGCCUGUUUUGAUUGCAUACCAGGCCUCCAAAUCGGCGUCAGAACGGGCCGAGCUAUUAGGUCAGAUGGGUACGGCCUACGCAAUUGCCAAGCAGCGAGAUAAACCAUACGCCAAAGCAAUUUGGUGUUAUGAACGGGUCUAUGCGCCCAUAAAUCACGAAAAUUCACAUUGGUUUCUGCUAGUCAUCUAUCCUAGAGCAAGAGAAAUUGUUGUUGUGGAUAGCUUGUGCACCAAUUUAUUGCCGAAGUACAAGCAAAAGAUGAAGAAGAUGACUGAUGCACUCCCCAUCCUCUUCCAUGCCACUGGAGACAGCACUGCGCUUGAAGGGAAGAAGUGGACCGUCAGAGUCGAUGAAUAUGCGCUGAAGCAGGACAAUGGUUAUGACUGUGGCAUAUUCGUAAUGAAAUACAUCAAUAUUUUAUUGAGCCUUAUGGCUAAGAAGCGUGGUGCACAGGAAACAGAAGAAGAACAAUACAAUCGUCGCUCCAAGCGAAGGGAGGACAUUGGAGCGCCAACCUCAACAAUCGCAGCUACCCGGGAGAAGAGAGUUAGCUCGGGAUCUCAAAAGGGUCCAUCCACGUCUUAG